GACUGCUGUGCAUGGACGCUCGGUCCACCGUCGUCGUUCCACAGCACCUCGCCCACCUGCCGUGUUUAGCGUAGUUAGAAGGUCAGAGGCCUAAACUAGGAGGUGUAAGUCAAUGCUUGGCGUCUAACCCCGCCAACUUGGAGGGGCACCUAGAAGGCUUCGAAGAUCACCGGACCAGACGAUUUCCUUGACCCUGAUCCAUCUUUUACUUGACUGGAAGUUGAUGUAUCUCCAAAGCCCAAGUGACUUGCUCACACCACACCAUGGCACCCAUUGCGCAGCCGGUGACGGUCUCAUUGGACGAGCUCAAAAAGGUGGCGUGUGGCGCCUCGCUAACAGGACACCAUCCGCGGACAGGAACUGUGUCGCUCGAGGCACUCCGCGAGGCCUUCGGGCCAGACUCGUUGGGGAUCCUCGUCGUCCGUGAUGUUCCUCCCGAGUUUUCCACGUUGCGGCAGCAUCUGCUGUCGUACUCCUCAUACUUGGGGAACCUGCCCAAGUCACAGCUCGAUAAACUCGAGAACGAGAAGGCCAAGUAUCUGACUGGCUGGUCGCUCGGCAAGGAGACGCUCAAGAACGGCCAGGUCGACACGCUGAAGGGCUCCUUCUACGCCAACUGCGCAUUCUAUGUCGAUCCGAAGCUGUCCUGCGCUGUGCCGACGGAGCAGUUCAACCCGGACAACUUCCCCGAGUACCUCUCACCCAACAUCUGGCCGGAUGAAGCCACCUUGCCAGGGUUCAGGCAGACCUUCGAAGACCUGUGCCGCCUGAUCAUCGACGUCGCCGUGCUGGUCGCGAGGGCGUGCGACAGGUUCGCCGAGAAGGAGAUCACAGGCUAUCCCCGUGGCUACCUGGAGAAGGUCGUGAGCACGUCGACGACUACCAAAGCGCGCCUGCUCCACUACUUCCCGGAGGACCCCUCGCACGAGCCGGCUCCGGUGGCCAUGCCAGACGAGGUGGCAAACAGCAACGACCCGGACGAGGACGACUGGUGCGCCACCCACCUCGACCACGGCUGUCUGACCGGCCUGACGUCGGCCAUGUUUGUCGACGAGUCCCAGUCGGAUCCGACGGAGGCGGCGCCCGAGAUCGAGCGGGCCUCGCGCGGCCUGCCGCCGCUGGCGCCUCUCCCGGAGCUCGAGGCCUCGCCGGACCCGGCGGCCGGUUUGUACAUCAAGUCCCGCACCGGGCAGACGGUCCACGUCAAGAUCCCGCGCGACUGCAUUGCCUUCCAGACCGGCGAGGCCCUGGAGCGCAUCACCGGCGGCAAGUUCAAGGCGGUGCCGCACUUCGUCCGGGGCGCCCGCGCCGCGCUGAGCGAGGGCCGCAUCGCGCGGAACACGCUUGCCGUGUUCACCCAGCCGAACCUGGGCGACGAGGUGGACAUGGAGCAGCACAUCACCUUUGGAGAGUUCGCACGCGGCAUCGUUGCGAAGAAUACCGUAUCUUAACGGCCGCGGGCCACGUAACACGCACAGUAUGGCGGGGGAUUCAAUAUUCUUUUGUUAGCAGGAUCAACCGGUGUCCGCUCCAAGCGGCGGGCCCAGAAUCGCCCGAGGACUUUGUAUCCUGGAGGGAGUGCUCAUGGACUUUGAUUCAUGGGGAUGCUCCGAAUUGAUAUUUAAGUGGAGAUGCGUUGAUGCGCAAUGGAAUCCUUGAACCCGAGUCGCGUGAGAGAAAUCUCCCGACCCCUGUCCUCUGCCUAGCCGCUUUUUCUUGGCCCCGGUUCUCCUGGACGGGUAGACG